GCCGGAGGAGGGGUUUCGGCCGACACGUCGGGAUUGGCGGCUGCAGCCAGGGGUCCUCGGACGCUGGGUUUCCGGGAGCGGCGCUCUGCCGGGUGGGGCCGGAGCUGCGGGGAGGGAGUUGGCGCCUAGCGCGCAGCUCCAUCCCCGCCUCUGCAGUGGACUCUGCCGCAAAAUCGGGGUCCCGGGCUCCUGGAACUUGUCCCGCCCAGGCCGCGGCGAGGUCACUCCAGCCGAUCUCUCUGGACCGCAUUCGUCCCCUUCUCGUCCUCAUGGUGGACAAAAAACUGGUGGUGGUUUUCGGAGGCACAGGUGCCCAGGGUGGCUCCGUGGCCCGCACACUCCUGGAAGAUGGGACAUUCAAGGUUCGUGUGGUGACACGAAACCCUAGGAAGAAGGCAGCAAAGGAACUGAGGCUGCAAGGUGCAGAAGUAGUUCAGGGAGACCAAGAUGACCAGGUCAGCAUGGAGCUGGCCCUGAAUGGGGCUUACGCCACCUUCAUCGUGACCAAUUACUGGGAGAGCUGCAGCCAGGAGCAGGAGGUCAAGCAGGGGAAGCUGCUCGCUGAUCUGGCCAGGCGCCUGGGCCUCCACUAUGUGGUCUACAGCGGCCUGGAGAACAUCAAGAAGCUGACGGCAGGGAGAUUGGCCGCUGCGCACUUUGACGGCAAAGGGGAGGUGGAGGAAUAUUUCCGGGACAUUGGCGUUCCCAUGACCAGUGUGCGACUGCCCUGCUAUUUUGAGAACCUCCUCUCCCACUUCUUGCCCCAGAAAGCCCCAGAUGGAAAGAGUUACUUGCUGAGCUUGCCCACAGGUGACGUUCCCAUGGAUGGCAUGUCCGUGUCUGACCUGGGUCCUGUGGUGCUCAGCCUGUUGAAGAUGCCAGAAAAAUACGUCGGCCAGAACAUGGGGCUGAGCACUUGUAGGCACACGGCCAAGGAGUACGCUGCCCUGCUCACCAAGCACACCCGCAAGGUCGUGCAUGAUGCCAAGAUGACUCCGGAGGACUACGAAAAGCUUGGCUUUCCCGGUGCCCGGGACUUGGCCAACAUGUUCCGUUUCUAUGCCCUGAGACCCGACCGUGACAUCGAGCUGACCCUGAGACUCAACCCCAAAGCCCUGACGCUGGACCAGUGGCUGGAACAGCACAAAGGGGACUUCGCCCUGCUGUGACCUGCCCGCCUCGCGGCCCCUUGUCGGGGUCAGGGGCACCAGAGGGGCAGAGGCACUAACAUCUGAAUAAAGCCAUUGUUCUCCCA